AUGAAGAAAACAGUGUUAGUGUUAUUUUUCGUGAUAGGAGCUUUUGCAGAAGACAGUUUUGAAAGUUCAAGUGUUCAAUUAGCUUUAAAAAUUUACGAUGAUUGUGAAAACGAUGGAUUAGGAUUAUCAGUGUGUUUAAAAAAGAAAGCUAUCACUUUCCUGGACAGAUUGGGUCGAAUGGAUAAACUUGCUCUUAGCGACUCAGUUGUAGUUCACAAAAAUACAGAUGAGUCUAAAGAAGAAGCUGAAAUUACAGAAAAUGACUUAGAUAAAACGUUACCAAGAUCUUCUGAUGCUAAAGAUGACGCUCUUACUGAAAUGCUCGUGAAGAAAAUCGCCAGCUUCAUUGGAUCAAGAUCAAUAGAAGUUACUUUACCAAAAAUUUCUGCAUCAGAUCUUAUCGGAGAAGGACGUAAAGGAAGCUUCGACUUUGGCGGCGGCGGUGGAGGAGGCGGAGGAAAAGGAGGAAAAAAGGGAAAAGGAGGCAAAAAAGGCAUGAUGAUGGGUGGAAUGAUGAUGUUAAUGGGAGCGAAAAUGGCAGCCCUAAUUCCUAUGUGUAUCGCUAUAACCCUCUUUAUAGCCAAAAAAGCCCUCAUAACUGCUAAAAUCGCACUUCUUAUAUCCGGGUUCAUCGCUAUUAAGAAACUCAUGGGAUCCAAGAAGGGAGGUGGUGGAGGUGGAGGACAUGGAGGCGGUUGGCAAUCCGGAGGUGAUAGUGGCUGGCAAUCUAGUGGCGGCGGCGGUGGCGGAGGAGGAUGGCAAUCUGGAGGAGGCGGAGGCGGUGGUGGAGGCUGGCAAUCAGGAGGUGGUGGAGGUGGAGGUGGAGGCUGGGACAAACGAUCCUACAAUGAAGUACAAAGUCUGGCUUAUAACGCCUAUAGCUCGUAGUAUUAAAAACUAGUUGAUAAUGUUCUACAAAUCAUUCACCGAGAGCAAUAGUGGCAGAACUAAAAAAUGUAGCAUUAAGUAAAUAAUACAUUUUCUUUGAACAAGACUGACACAAUUUUAGUUGAAAUAUAUUUCCUAAGGAAUCAUCUUAAUUAGUUUUUUUAUUCAAGCUGCACCAAAAGUGGCACAUAUUCAAUAUUGGCAUUUAGUAUUUUAGAGUAGGUUUUGUUAUCUUUAGGCAAUAGUGACACUUUUGAGUUAGGUGACUUGAUUAAUUAUUCAAGUACCGAAUAAUAGUG